UUAAUUGAUCUGCUUUAAAUGGCUUUUGUGUCAACUGUGUCACAAAUUAGAACGCAUUACGCAAUAGUUUAUGACGCUUUAACUGUAGCAUUAUAAUCAUGAUUAGAGCGGUCCACUUUAUGCUCUUGCUACAUUUGCUCACGGUUAAACCAACCUUAAAACGCGCCAUUAACGGGGCAAAUGCUGAACACUAAAUGUAGCAGGCCUAGAUGAUAGCUUCCAUCGCCAGUAUGUUUGCUACAGCAAAUCAUUAUUUCAGGAACGGUGAGAAUUUCUCUUCUCGGCCUCUGUUCCUAGGUCUUGAUGUGACAAUCCUUGUCAAGACCGUUGGGUUUUUGUUCUGCUCGGGCAUCAUACUGUGGUGCUUAUGGGAUCUAUGGAGAGGAAAUGAUGACGAUGAUGACUCAGAUUUUUUGGACAUGCUGAAGGAUUUGACCACCCAGCGCUACACUCUAUACAGUAGCUGCGUAGACCAUGUGAAGGAACUGGAUGAUCUUCCGGAGAACACUGUGUACAAGGUCAGCUGUGGGAGCAGAAGACAGAGGAAGCCACGGCGGAGGCAGCCUCCAGAUUCCUAUCUCGACUCCAGCCCAGAUUAUAGCCCUGCUACUAAAUGUGACUCUGAAUACGACAAUGAAUAUGACUUUUUCUACGACAGGGCCAGUGAAUUGGAAACAAAGAGAAAACCUUUAUUUUCCUCCAAACGUCAUGUCGAGUUACCGUCUGACUGCAAAAAGUGUGGGUCUAUGCACCUGUGCAACAACGAUGGUGACAGGUGCGUCAACAUCAGAGUGGACACUCCAGAGUCCAGAAACGACACCGCCACCAGCAGUGAGACGGAGCACAGCUUUUGGCCUCUGAACAUUAUGGGGUCAUCUGAUUCUAUCAGCUCAUUUACCUCCUGGUCCUCUUUCAGCUCAACAUCCAAUCCAUCUACUCUUGUGUCUGAGAUGAGUGAAACAGUCCAUGCUACACCAGUGGUUUCUAAAGAUGAGCCAUCCUUUACUAACAAAGGUCCCGCUGGCAGGUCAGAGUUGAAUAACCCACUGUCAGUAAAAAUGCAAGGGAGGCACAAUUUAGAGCACAGCAUCCGCCGAAAGAUCAUACGCAGGUUAUGGAGACGUGCCAUAUUGUUGGUUCGAGUUAUUGGGAUGCUACUCCCAGAAAGACUGAAGCAGGCCACAAAGAGGAUUCCUGAAAUUAUUUUAAUUGUUGAAGAGGAAAAUCAUAAACCAAUGGUAUGUGACAAAGUUACAGAUCCCAACCAGCACGACAACGCAAAGACCACAUUUAAAAAAGAUAACACUACUCUUAUAUCCCAGGUGGCAAUCAAUGGUCUGAAAGAUCUGAAACGGGAAAAGAUGGAGACCAGAACAUCUAGCAAACCCUUAGGUUUGAAAUUAUGUCCAGGGUUGGUGAAGAAGACUCCUUGUCCUCAAUGUUUUGUCCAUCUUUUUGCAUAUCCCAAGCCGAGAUCAUUUUUAAUCCGUAUGAUUGGAGAGGAAACAACGGAUUUCCUUGAGAUGACUCUGAAGCAAAACCGACUACACCACCUACUGGGAGUGCCUACUCUCUACUCAGACUCCCUGGAGAAGACGGCAGCCGAGGAGGUCACACCACAGCCAGUUCAGUUGGAUUUCCAUGGUGUAGAAACCCCAUUCCUCCCCCAGGAGAUAAGGAACAGACUUGAGUGUCAUGUGAAGCAUAAAGUGAUAAAAAAGCAGUGGGCUCUUCCCAAGCUUGCUUUGAAGUAUAUAAAAGGCUUUAAGUCAGAAGGCGCUAAGUAUCAGAGAUAUAAGAGUAUGGACAACAGAAAUCUGAUUAUAGACAGUAACGCUGAAACAAUUUCCCAGCCUCUGAUCACUUGCCAACAACUUCAGGAUGAGAUAGGGCCACUAACAGUAACAUCACUGGAAACAGAGGGGGAGAAAUCCCUCUCUGCAGCAUCAAGUCAGUCUGAUUAUUCUACUGAGGAAGGUGUAUGUAGCAGUGUUCUUGUCAUAGAUACAUCCACUCAAACCGAUGCGUUGGAAGUUAGCAAAACUUAUCCCAGGACCAAAUUUGAAAUAGAACUGAAGAGCAAGUGCCUGGAAAUUAGAUUGUCUAUGCCACAGGGAAGGGUUCCUCCGAAGAGGUUGGUAAAGAAGCUAGUCGGACCAGGUAUGCGCAUCCCUAUACCCAGAGUGAAAAAUAUUUUAUUCAUGAGAAAGGCAUCCAUUAAACUUCUUGAGAUUAACCUGAAACAGAAGCAUUUAGCAAAUGCAUUGAGAGCACCUACCAUCUUCAGCAAGUCUAUGGAACUGAUCACACCCAAAGAAACUCCUCAGCCUAAAGAAGUGUCAGAGGUAGAGUUUGAAUUGAAUUGUUCUAAGGCACUUAUCAGCAAAGGAAUGAGAGACAAGCUAGAGUUCCACAUCAAACGCAAAAAAAUCCAACACCUCUGGGGUCUGCAGGAAUCUCUUAAUGCCCUCAUACCCAAGGCACCAAAAAUGGAUCCCAACAGGGUUUUCCCAAAGCCCAAGUAUGACAUUGAGGUAGUGACAAGUGACAUGCCCUUUUUGAUUGACGAACAGAAAGAGGCUUUAGAGUGCAAUGUGAGGAAAAAGAAAACUCACAAGAACUGGGGUUACCCAAAACUGAUAAUGGACUCUCUGAAGGCAGAGGUUCCUGAGGCCAAAAACCUGGACAAGAGACACCCUCCAGCAGCUUCCAAGGAUGUCCCUGUGGAGCCGAUGUCAUCAACGUCCUCACAGAACUGAGUAACAAACAUCAGAACUCCCACAGCAGUCCUGAAGGGAGAAGUGUAUCUUGCUCCACAGGUUUGCUCUUAGUUUAUUUUGACCCACAUAUCAAAUAAACACCCAUUUGGUUGUGUGCAGUAUUUUUUAGGUGAGCUGGAGUAGUUUUUAAUAUCAACACUAGGGGGAAGACUCAAUUUGAGCAAUGCUCUGACACACCGAGCCAGAUAUAACUCCGCUCCAAGCAAAAUAACAUUGCAUCAUUUCCUUGAAAUCCCUGGUGAUGUUUACGCAAUCGGUUAGUAGUGCAUCUUAUGUAAUAGAAGAUAUUUUAGGACUUAAGUCGACAUUCCUUUUCUGCAUUCUGUUGAGCAAAUGGAAAAUUGCAGUAUCAGAUUGACCAUAUGACUAGUGUGCUGAGUAUUAACAGGAAUUCAGUGUCCCCAGCCCCUGGGUUGAUAAGCAACACUGCCAGACCUCCUGGGGAAACAGGGGCAGCACUUGCAGUGAGUUGCAUCACUUGCCUUGUGUAUAGACAGUCAUGAAUCCUUAACACCUCAGACUCUGGACCAAACCAAUUACAUGUGACUAGGUUGAUAGUAAAUAUUACUAUCAACCUUGCCCCCAAGCAAAGAGCACGUGUCUUUUCUCUGAGUUGUAUCUGAGAGCCAUUUACAAUACAAUUGAUCAAGACUCAAGCCUUGGCCAAGUGAUGAACUGGCAAGAGUAAAACUAUGGUGAUUGUGCCAGUUUACAAGUGAAAACAUGUUGGAAUGGUUCAUCAGUUACAUUGUUGAACUGGCCCAGAGGCUUCUAACCAUUCCUCAGACAAAUAGCAGAAUAAGUGGAGAAUACUUGUU